GGACCUCGGAGAGCGCCGGGCGCCGCUACCAGAGGGACUGGAGAAUCUGCCGGAGCCGGGCCGGACAGACGCCUGCGAGCCCGCCUCCCUCCGCACCCUCAGCUUUCCGGGCUGGCAGGCGGAUAGUGGCGGCUGUGGAAGUUCUUAAAAUGAAGAAGUUUAAUUUCCGAAAAGUUUUGGAUGGCUUAACUGCCUCUUCCCCUGGCAGUAGUAGCAGCAGUGGCAGUAACAGUGGUGGUGGGGCUGGAAGUGGUUCCAUGCAUCCAGGAGGGACUGCAGGGGUCCUCAGAGAGGAGAUUCAGGAAACCUUGACUUCAGACUAUUUCCAGAUUUGUAAGACAGUUCGGCACGGUUUUCCUUAUCAGCCCACAGCAUUAGCCUUUGAUCCAGUUCAGAAAAUCUUGGCUAUUGGGACGAGAACUGGUGCUAUACGAAUACUUGGGAGACCUGGCGUUGAUUGUUAUUGUCAACAUGAAAGUGGUGCAGCUGUUCUGCAGCUCCAAUUCUUGAUCAAUGAGGGUGCUUUGGUCAGUGCAGGUUCAGAUGAUACACUUCAUUUGUGGAACCUUAGACAAAAAAGGCCAGCUAUUCUUCAUUCUCUUAAAUUUAACAGAGAACGAAUUACUUACUGUCAUCUACCUUUCCAGAGUAAAUGGCUCUAUGUUGGAACAGAAAGAGGAAAUACACAUAUUGUAAAUAUUGAAUCUUUCAUUCUUUCUGGAUAUGUUAUCAUGUGGAACAAGGCAAUUGAACUAUCCACAAAGACUCAUCCAGGUCCAGUUGUACAUUUAAGUGAUAGCCCAAGAGAUGAAGGGAAACUGCUAAUAGGUUAUGAAAAUGGUACUGUAGUAUUCUGGGACUUGAAAUCUAAAAGAGCAGAACUGAGAGUUUAUUAUGAUGAGGCUAUUCAUUCAAUUGAUUGGCAUCAUGAGGGCAAACAAUUCAUGUGCAGCCAUUCAGAUGGUAGCUUGACUUUAUGGAACCUGAAAAGCCCAAGUCGUCCUUUCCAGACCACAAUUCCACAUGGAAAAACUCAAAGAGAAGGAAGAAAAUCUGAAUCUUGCAAACCAAUUCUUAAAGUAGAAUACAAAACCUGUAGAAACAGUGAACCAUUCAUAAUAUUUUCUGGUGGACUGUCCUAUGACAAAGCUUGCAGAAGACCAAGUUUAACCAUCAUGCAUGGAAAAGCAAUUACAGUGCUUGAAAUGGAUCAUCCUAUCGUUGAAUUUCUAACUUUAUGUGAAACACCCUAUCCAAAUGAAUUUCAAGAACCCUAUGCCGUUGCUGUACUUCUGGAGAAAGAUCUCAUUGUAGUUGAUCUGACACAAAGCAACUUUCCAAUCUUUGAAAAUCCAUAUCCUGUGGACAUUCAUGAAUCACCAGUUACAUGCACAGCAUACUUUGCUGAUUGCCCACCAGAUUUGAUUCUAGUGCUCUACUCUAUAGGAGUCAAGCAUAAAAAACAAGGAUACAGUAAUAAGGAGUGGCCAAUCAGUGGAGGAGUUUGGAACCUUGGCACACAGACAUAUCCAGAAAUUAUUAUUACUGGUCAUGCAGAUGGAUCGAUAAAGUUUUGGGAUGCUUCUGCAAUAACUCUGCAGAUGCUGUACAAGCUAAAAACUUCAAAAGUGUUUGAAAAACAGAAGGUAGGAGAAGGAAAACAAACAUGUGAAAUUGUAGAGGAAGAUCCAUAUGCCAUUCAGAUGAUCUACUGGUGUCCAGAGAGCAGAAUAUUCUGUGUAUCAGGAGUCUCUGCCUAUGUCAUAAUUUAUAAAUUCAGCAGACAUGAAAUUACAACAGAAAUAGUGUCAUUAGAAGUACGACUUCAGUAUGAUAUUGAAGAUAUUAUUACCCCGGAACCAGAAACAAGUCCUCCAUUUCCUGAUCUCUCAUCCCAGCUUCCUUCUUCAAGGAGUCUAUCUGGGAGCACUAACACUGUGGCUAGUGAAGGAGUAACGAAGGAUAGUAUCCCAUGCCUCAAUGUUAAGACACGACCAGUGCGGAUGCCUCCAGGGUAUCAAGCAGAACUUGUUAUUCAAUUGGUCUGGGUGGAUGGUGAACCUCCACAACAGAUUACUAGCCUUGCUGUAAGCUCAGCAUAUGGAAUAGUUGCAUUUGGGAACUGCAAUGGGUUGGCUGUGGUGGAUUUUAUACAGAAGACAGUACUGUUAAGCAUGGGGACCAUUGACCUAUAUAGAUCAAGUGACCUAUACCAACGACAACCACGGUCUCCUCGAAAAAACAAGCAGUUCAUUGCAGACAACUUUUGCAUGCGUGGCCUGUCUAACUUUUAUCCUGAUUUAACGAAACGGAUCCGUACUUCCUAUCAGAGUUUAACUGAGCUGAAUGACAGUCCAGUUCCCCUGGAACUUGAGCGUUGCAAGUCUCCCACUCCAGAUCAUGUAAAUGGACACUGCACAAGUCCAACUUCCCAGAGUUGCAGUUCUGGAAAACGUCUUUCCAGUGCUGAUGUUUCAAAAGUAAAUCGCUGGGCUCCUGGAAGACCACCAUUUCGAAAAGCACAGUCAGCUGCUUGCAUGGAGAUUUCUUUGCCAGUUACAACAGAAGAAAGUCGAGAAAAUUCCUAUAAUCGCUCUAGAAGCUCUAGCAUCUCCAGUAUUGACAAAGAUUCUAAAGAAGCGAUUACAGCACUAUACUUCAUGGAGUCCUUUGUUCGGAAAAAUGACUCUACUAUCUCCCCUUGUUUGUUUGUUGGAACUAGUCUGGGAAUGGUGUUAAUCAUCUCCCUAAACCUACCUUCAGAAGAUGAACAAAGAUUUACAGAGCCAGUCAUGGUAUUGCCAAGUGGUACAUUCCUCUCAUUGAAAGGAGCUGUCCUAACAUUCUCCUGUAUGGACCGAACUGGCAGAUUAAUGCAACCACCAUAUGAAGUCUGGAGGGAUCCAAACAACAUAGAUGAAAAUGAGAAAUCUUGGAGAAGAAAGCUGGUCAUGAACUGCCCCUCUCCAUCCCAAGAAAUAGGAGAUCAUCAGUAUACAAUAAUCUGCUCAGAAAAACAAGCCAAAGUCUUCUCACUGCCUUCUCAGACUUGCCUCUAUGUUCAUAACAUCACCGAGACAUCUUUUAUACUACAAGCAGAUGUGGUGGUCAUGUGUAACAGUGCCUGCUUGGCAUGCUUUUGUGCCAAUGGGCAUAUCAUGAUAAUGAGCCUACCUAGUCUUCGCCCAAUGUUGGAUGUUAAUUAUUUGCCACUGACAGACAUGAGGAUAGCACGGACGUUUUGUUUUACCAAUGAAGGACAGGCAUUAUACCUUGUCUCUCCUACUGAAAUUCAGCGGUUAACAUACAGCCAAGAGAUGUGUGAUAAUCUACAGGACAUGCUAGGAGAUUUGUUUACUCCCAUAGAGACACCAGAAGCUCAAAACAGAGGCUUUCUCAAGGGACUGUUUGGUGGAAGUGGACAAACAUUUGACAGAGAAGAGCUCUUUGGGGAAGCUUCAGCAGGAAAAGCAUCACGCAGCCUCGCACAGCACAUUCCUGGACCAGGUGGUAUAGAAGGGAUGAAAGGUGCUGCCGGAGGGGUGAUGGGAGAGCUGACUCGUGCACGGAUCGCACUUGAUGAGAGAGGACAGAGGCUAGGAGAGCUGGAAGAGAAAACUGCAGGCAUGAUGACCAGUGCAGAAGCAUUUUCCAAACAUGCACAUGAGUUAAUGCUGAAAUAUAAGGAUAAGAAAUGGUACCAAUUCUAAACUUCUAAAGAAGCUAUGACUGCUUUGAGAAACCAUUAUUCAGGGAAACCAAAUUUAUUCCCAGCAUCACUAUUCAACUGCUAGAAGUUUCUUCCACAAAAUGUUCCAUUACAGUCCAUCUGAAGUUAUCAUAAGGGAGACUUAUCAGAGACACUGUACAACCCAAAGGCUGGAACCCUGGUUAAAACCCCAAGAUAUGGCUGAAUUUGCCUCUUCCCAUGUGGAAUGGAGCUAUCAUCUUGGUAUGUCGUUUGCUAAGGAUUUACAUUUAGGAACUACGGGGAGUCCUGAUUUGAAAAAAUCCUGUACAAACAAAAAGCAUUAAUGCACUUAAUGAAAAAAAUUUUUGCAUGAUAAAUUAACAUCUUAAGAGGAAAAGAAAAAAAAAAGCAUGUUGUGACAGAAGAAAAAAAGAUUUAUGGUAAACUAUUUUUAUAAAUUGGACCACACCUGACAAUUUUAAAAAAUCUGUGUUAGAAUAUAUCAGUGCAUUUCAAGUACAUUUGAAUACCCAACUGAAAAAACAAACAAAACCAGAGUUUUCUUUUCAUCUAUAACUUUCAUUAUACUAGGACAUUAUUGAAUUCUUAUGGCAAGAGUCUGAUUAACGUUCUUCUCUCUCCAUAAUAUUUUACAUUAUUCGCAGUUCUUGGUCAUAAUCAAAUAUUGCCAGUACAGUAAAUUAUUCCUAACACAAUUAUAUCUGUUUCUAUCACCUUCAGAACAAGUUGCUAUUUUUAGUCACAAACCGUGCAGUGUUGGGUCACCUCAAAGCAUUUUUUCAGCCUGGCUUAUACUCUGCAGGGGAGUUGACAAUAGGUUUGGGGAAACUAGACUUACAGGAACAAUGCAGUUAGCUUUGAGAACUGAUUUCACACACUCUGGUUUCAGUUUCUAAAGUGAUAUAUUUUUAAUGCUCCAUUUGUAUCCUUGUCUGCCAAUUACACAGUAUAUUACUGUUCAAUCCCAGUGGGGUCUUCAAUUCAAAGGUGCUCUUGCAGCCUGACACUCACAGACCAAACUGGUCAUUCUCUUUAGUCUGAUUCAGUAAAACCUCAGUUAAUGUUUUAGGAAAGGGAUUCUGACAUUUCUGAUUAACAAGGGCUUUCAUUAGAAAUUACUUUUUGGUUCAAUACUUACUACUGAAAAUUGUUAUGAAGUGGUGGUGUUUUUGCUAUCUUGGCUUUAGUCACCAUUAUGGACAACAGAAAUUUUGUCACUCAACAGGCUAAAUAACAUAAGCCACAGGAUUAUGUCAACAGAUACCAAAUACCUAUUCCUUAUUAAAAGCUCUUUUAAAAAUGGAAUAAAGAAUAUCCUUAACAUGAUAAAAGAUGAUCUAUUAUAACUCAACAGAGAGCUAGUAGAGGCAAACAAAAUAAAGAUGUCUGCUACCAUCAUUUAAUAUGAUUCUGGAAGUCAAAAGUCUUAGGAAAUGAACAUAUGCAGGUUCUGGGACCCAUCCUAUAAUAUGUAUGUUGUUCUUUCAAAAAGAAUCUUUUUUAAGAAAAUUAAUGGGUUUGGCUCAUUGAAUUUUAAUUAAUCAAGGUCUUAUCAGACUCACAUUGUGUUUCUUAAGAAUUCACCAUUUUCCUGAAGUCCAGGCUAUUUGAGUAGUCAAAAAUAGUAUUUCUGCUUGUUUUUUGUUUUUAAAUUUUUAGUGAAUUUGUUUAAAGUGGCACUUCCUUCAAAUGUUCUCAGUAAUUUUGAGAAGAACAAAUUAAUCUUUGAGAAGAGUAAUCUUUGAAAAGAGAUGGAGGAAAGUCAGAAAAUGUAUACCAGGAUAGCAUUUCUCAGAGUCCUUGAAUUCUCCUGAUUUCUCAAAAAAGCCUUUCUAUGAAUCUCUCCAGACUCCUGUGAACAGCCUUAGGGUAACAGAACCUGACUUGGAAAUAAAAACAUGAUACAUAAAAUUAUAUAGUAAAAAUACUGAAGAAACUUGAGACCAGGAUUUGGAAAACACUGGUAGCCAAAUUGCAGUACACUAUUUGUACCAUCAGUUUCAAGGACCCAGUUUUCUGAUUUUCUGAACAAAUACUUUAUCAUUUCUAUAGUUAAAUAAAACUAAAAGAGUAAAAUAUUGGUUUAUUUUAGAAACAAUGAAAUAGAGUCCAAAGUGGCAUUAAAUUCAAUGACUAUCUCUAAAGCCCCAAUAGGAUGUGACUUAACUUGUUCUACAUCAGGGUUUCUCAACAAUGGCACCAUUAACAGGAAAUUCUUUGUUAUGUGGCACUGUCCUUUGCACUGCAGAUGUUUAGCAGCACCCCUGGCCUCUCUCCACUAGAUGCCAGUAGCGACCCCCACUCCCACCCGCCCCAAAAUGACAAUCAAAAAUAUCUCCAGCCAUUGACAAAAUUACCCCCAGUUGAGAGCCACUGUUCUACAUCAUUUGGAGACAGAUUAAAUGUGAAUAUGUAAUAUGUCUUGUAUAAAAUUAAACAUCGUUAGUACACGGUAACAAAUUAUUAUACCCAGAAUUACAUGUGUGGUUCGUAUGCAAUAAAAUACUAUUUUGGGGAAAGCUUACAUGAAUCACUGAAAGAUAACAAUUACAGAAUAUUUUAAAGCAUACAGAAAAAAUACCAGAAAGGACAAAAUAGCAUUUCACAGAAGUGCUUAAAACUGGCUUUAAUGAAUAGAUCAAAAGUUUAUAAUUGGCACGUCAAUUGGAAGUAAGGUGCUUCUGAAAUGCUUGAAAAGAAUAGGUUCUUUUUGUCUUUCAAUAUUGUUUUUAUAAACCCUUUCUUAAUGUAAGGGUAACUUCAUCCCACAAACUCCUGAUUAGUGGAAUACAAAUUAAUGAGGUUUUACUGUAUCAAAAUUAUUUUUCUAAUUCAAAGAGAUAGCAAUAACAAGAAUCUAAUAUGGACGUGAUUUUUCUCUUUGAACAUUUCUGUUCUGUGGCACUGACCUUAGCAUGCACACACACACACACACACACACACACCCCCCACCAUCUUACCAUCAUCAUCAUCUUUGGAAAAGGAGUACUGUUGAUCCAUGUAAUACUUUACAUCCCUCUUCUCUACUAUUUAAAUGUCUUGCCUCUAUCUUGGAACAUAAGAAAAAUACUCCUAGUAACUUGAACAAUGAUAGAGAAAAUGACUCUGAGCCUUAGUUGUCAUCAAAAUUACAUUCUGUCUGCUUAAGGUGACAUCAGAAGAUAAGGCUUGCAAACCACAGUCUCUCUACAAGUUGACCAUAUCUCAUUAUGACUCCCUGAAGAGAUAAGCCCUUCUUAGUGUCCCAGGAGAAAAUGGGCCUUUAGCAUUAUAAUUCAUCAUGAGGCUAGAUGUAUUUUUUUUUUCCUGGUUCUAAUAAUGCGAGCAAUAAUCCCUACUAAGAAAUCAUCCAUUAACCUUGGAGUUUGGAGGGAUGGAUGAUUGAUUUAUCAUUUAUUUUAAUCCCCUGCAAAAGCAGUACUACCAGCUCUGCUCUCUACACUUCAUUGAGACCCGGACUUAGUGCCCGUCAUCAUCACAGUCAUUAUCUAACUUUGGAAGGAUGGUGACAGAACUGAGUGAGAUGUUUUCUGAUAAUUCAGUCAUAAAGAUAAUUUUUCAAAUCUUUCAUAUAGCAUUUCAAUGAUUCUCCAGUUAAUAAAUCAGAAUCCAGGUCUCUAGUACUCAAAGAUCUUAAGGGAUUGUAAAGGAAAAAGUUUACUGUUGGAGUCCUUUUUUAAAAUGUGAACCAUGUGUCUGUUAUCUGCAUUAAGGGAUCACCAUGGCUUUGAGGAAGGAAGAGGAAAAUCAAGAUUAUGCCCAAGGUUGGUUGAAGAAGAUUAAGAUUAGCUCUUUGAGAUACUUGGUUUUAAAAUGUUUGGCAGAAGGGAAAAAUGAAGCAGAUUUAGAAGAGUAAGCUAAAAGCCCUCUCAUUGGUUUAGGGUCAUUGGGACAACCCAGGAGUAUCUGUGUGAUUAUAGCCUGUCUCCAUGGGAAGGCGUUGUAACUUGACCACUUUUGUUCUGAGAGGGCAAUGCCAAAAGGCGUCAGACAUUUCUGCGAGGCCUGCUCUUUGCAUCAGGAGAAACGUGGUAUCCUUCACAGCUUCUUCACCUAUGUCCUCUGUAGCCCCAACCCCACUUGUGACCAGUUACUGUUUCACAGACACACUGCUCCAGGGGCCAGAAAUACUUGCCAGUAAGUCAUGUAUUUGGAUUGCACCAUUCCAGGGAGCAUGGCUGUAGAAGUUUAUUGUAUAUAUGUGCAGACAACAUAGCCCUGAAAGGACAAAAUUCAAAAUAGGAAAGGUCUGACUUAGGAAAGAAGAGGAAAUGCAAUUUGGUACAAGUGGGCUGCGGUAAAGAGGGACAUGGGAGCCAGAGUGAAGCAUAAGAAGCUUUGAUGAGGAACCGAGGCACAGUUGGUCUAUUUAUACAUUUAUGUAGGGAAGUGAUUCUCAACUUUGGCUGUGCAUAAGCAUCACCUAAGGCACUUCUAAUAUUCCCAGUUACACCAAAAUCUUUCAGAGUGGGAACCAAACAUCAGUAUUUUUGAAAGCCUCCAAGAUAGUUCCGAUGUCCAGCCAAGGUUGAUAACUACUACUAAGGAAGACACAUUUGUCUGCCCUGACCGGUGUCUAAGCCCCACUUCUGAGGGGUCAAGGAAAGCAAGAUAUUGGAGAUAUUGGCCAGAUUGAUAUUUAUUCUGUGUCGCAACCCAAAACAAAUGUUCUGUAUAAAUUUCUGACCAGGCAGUGCCCCAUUAAUUCUUAAUAUCUCUGUCUUUGUGAUUUUCUCCUAUAUGACUGGCCACUAAUUAUUCCAAUUCAAACAUCUAGGUUUCAAUUGCCUUAUACAUGUGACAUCACCAGACACCAAAGAUAUCAUAAGAAAUUCAAUACCAUGCAACGCGAAGUGGAAAACUAAUUCUCAAUAGUUGGAUAGUAGAAAUUCUCAAAACAAUCAUUUACCAAAUCAGGUUCAAAUUUAUUAGUCAUUCUUCAUUUGGAGGAGACAUGGGUACCAGGUACCUGUUCUGCCAUAGCUAUAUUUUAUUGGACUUGAUCUUAGCAAGACGGGAGAGCAACUCUCCCUUUUUGAUUGUUGUCUUUGCUCUCAGGGCAAAGGAGUCUGGAUUUAUUUUCUUAGUUACUGGACAUGUGUUUAAAGGGAGAAUGCCUGCAGCUGACUAUGUGGCCUCCAGUGCCCUGAAAGAGUGAUUUCACCUUCAAAAAAGGGAGAGUCUGCCUAUCCAAGGCAAUACUAGUCAAUGAGAAAACAGGAGAGUUCUCUCCUCUCACACUGCUCCCCUCUGGUAUUGGCCCAUCCUUCUCAACUGCAAAGCCAGAAAAUAAACUAGGUGGUAGUUAUGGACAAGUGUGCACAGGAUCAAAAUCUCUAAUAACCUAUAAUUUUUAGUACUUAAUUAUGUGAUGUUUUAUUCUAGGAAAUAAGAAACAGAUGACAUCAUUGAUGUAUCUUUCUUUCAUCUUCAGAAUUUUUGCAUCUUUUCAGAAAAUGACAAAUUACUAUUUUUCUGUUGCACUCAGCAAUUGUGACUAUACUUAAAAUUCUUGUAGUCUGUAGAGAUAUCAAUAAAAUUGUAUAUGUUUGUACAUAGAUGCUCUCUUAUGUUAUAUCAUACACCACUAAUGAUUGUUGCCAAGAUUAAAUAUGGACAGAGGUAAGACCCUCAUUUGCAACAGUGUGAACUAU